AUGCUGCGUCGGUGCUUUCCACGGCUCGAGGUCCCGCGCCCCGCCGUGGAGCGCCCCAAGCGUCGCGGCCGUGCUGAGGUUGGCGGGGGCAAAAAGAUCGGGUCUCGCAACCCUGGAGUGCCCGACCUACCCAAGAGUGCUGGCGGAUACGUGUUCCAGCAACUGAGACCGCGCCUGCCGAUUCGCUGGCAGUACGGCUGGCGGUGGAGCAGUCUCAAAGCGGUCUGGGUGGGGGGCUGGUCAUCGUUCAUUUGCUAUGUAGCUUACGUCAUGUUCUUCAAGUAUACGGACAGCGAGAUUGCUGAACUGGCGACUCAGUAUACCUACGUGCGCAACGACCGUGGGGACGUGGUGGACAUUGGUUUCAAGCCCAUCGUAGACGCUGGAAAGCGGGCCCGCCGCCGCGCUGACCGACUGCUUGAUCCCGACGAGCGGGACUAA